AUGGAGUAUACUGCUGGAGACAGUGCCGGAGGCAGUGCCGGCGACAAGAACUCGCACAUAGUAGGAGUGGAUACCAAAAAUCUGAUAGCUCAGAGGCUGCUGCAAUUGAGCCAUGAAGGUAAAGUAGCAUAUGGAGGUUUUGUGAAGACAGCCAAGGCAUUUGGAGUGAGCAGGAAGACAGUACAUAGAAUAUGGGCAGAGGCCAGCAACCAAAUCCAGCUUGGAGUACCUGUGAGCAUACAAGAUCGUGUUAGAGGAUACAAGCGCAGUGAUAGAGUUCAGAUAGAUUCAAACAGAGUAAGAGCUCUUUCAUUCCUUGAAACAUCUACCAUCCGCAAACUGGCUUUCAAACUGGAGUUAAGUAAGAGUGCAGUGGGAAGAAAGGUUAAAGCAGGGGAACUGAGGCCACGCACAAAUGCGGUGAAGCCCCUACUUACUGCCGCAAACAAGUUAGCAAGAAUGAAAUGGGGUCUCAUUCAUGUUCAGCCUCUGGUGCACAAUGGUAUGCUCAAAUACCACACAAUGCACAAUGUAGUGCACAUAGAUGAAAAAUGGUUUUUCAUGACCAAGGCUACAGAUAGAUAUUACCUGCUGCCAGAUGAAGAAGAACCAUAUAGGUCAUGCAUCUUUCCAUUCACAACAAAAGAGCCAGCCCAAAGAAAAUCGAAGAACAGAGCAAAAGGCACCUUGGAGACAAAACCAAUUCAAUCUGUGAACAAGGACGUCAUGAGAGACUGUCUUAUCCACAAGAUCAUACCAACAAUCAAGGCUAAAUGGCCAUCCAACAUAAGCAAGGAGAUAUUCAUACAACAAGACAAUGCAAGACCCCACAUCAUGCAUAAUGAUGCUGAAUUUCAGUCAAUUGCAAACACUGAUGGCUUCAAAUUCCAUAUCAUUUGCCAACCAGCCAAUUCCCCAGAUUGUAAUGUGUUGGAUUUAGGUUUUUUCAGAGCAAUACAGUCUAUACAAGAUGACAAACUGGCCAGGGGAGUGGAUGACUUGUUGAGCAAUGUGCAAAGCUCAUUUGAAGAACUUAGUGCACAAACACUCAACAAAGUGUUUCUAACUCUUCAAACUUGUUUAACAAAGAUCUUGAAAGUGGAAGGGGGAAAUGGCUACAAAACUCCACACAUCAACAAAGAUAGGUUGUCAAGGUUAGGAAUACUACCACAGACUCUAGAGGUUGAAGAACAUGUUGUCAAGGCUGCAGUGACAUAUCUACAACAGAGUGAAAAUGAUGCUGGGACAGCAUAUGACAUCUCACAUAUAUGUAGGGCUGUAGGUUUCUAA